AUGGAAAAAUACAUUCUUGUUACUGGUGGCGCUGGCUAUAUUGGAUCACAUACAGUCAUUGAGCUAAUCAACAAUGGGUAUAAGGUGGUCAUCGUUGACAAUUUGUCCAACUCAUCCUAUGAUGCGGUUGCACGUAUUGAGUUUAUUGUCAAACAACAUGUACCUUUUUACAAUGUCGAUUUAAGAAACCGUGACGAUUUAGACAAGGUGUUCAAAGAGUACAGCAUUCAAGGUGUUAUCCAUUUUGCUGCGUUGAAAGCUGUGGGUGAAUCAACAAAGAUUCCAUUAAAGUACUACGAAAAUAAUGUUGGUGGAACCAUGUCAUUACUUGAAGUGUGUGCUGAAAAUGGGGUCAAGACAAUUGUUUUCUCAUCGAGUGCCACGGUUUAUGGAGAUGUCACUAGAUUCGGCUCAAAAUAUAUCCCAAUUCCUGAAGUAUGCCCUACAGAUCCCACAAAUCCAUAUGGUAAGACAAAAUACGUUAUUGAGCAAAUGUUGAAAGACAUUUACACCAGUGAUGAUGCAUGGCAAGUUGCAAUUUUGAGAUAUUUCAAUCCAAUUGGUGCUCAUCCGUCAGGCUUGCUUGGUGAAGAUCCACUUGGUAUUCCAAAUAAUUUAUUGCCGUACUUGUCUCAAGUUGCAAUUGGCAGACGUGAGACGUUAUCCAUUUAUGGAGACGACUACGACUCAACUGAUGGAACUCCUAUCAGAGACUAUAUUCAUGUGGUUGACUUGGCCAAGGGACAUAUAGCUGCUUUGAACUACUUGAAGAACUUGCAAGAUAAGGGAUUGUAUCGUGAAUGGAAUUUAGGUACUGGGAAGGGCUCCACGGUGUUUCAAGUUUACAAUGCAUUUUGCAAAGCUGUUGGAAGAGACUUACCUUACAAGGUGGUGGGAAGAAGACAAGGUGAUGUGUUGAACUUGACAGCGAAAUCAAAUCGUGCUCAUGAAGAGUUGAAAUGGAAGGCUGAGUUUAGCAUCGAGGAUGCAUGCAGAGACCUUUGGAAAUGGACAACUGAAAAUCCAUUUGGAUUCGAGAUAAAGGGUUACAAAUGGCAAAAGUUUGAUGGAUUGCAAAAUCGUUUGCACGCAAUACAAAACAAGGACUUACAAGUAAACUUUUGCAAUCGAGGAGCAUUAAUUCAGGACAUAAAGUUUGGUGACCAGCAUGUUGUCUGUGGUUUUGACAACGCCAAGGAUUACAAGCUAAACACAAAUCCAUACUUUGGAACAACAGUUGGUCGUUAUGCCAAUAGAAUCAAAAAUGGGGAGUUUGCGUUGGAUGGUGCCACGUAUAAGCUCACUCAGAAUGAAGGCAACAAUACUUUACACGGUGGAAGCAACGGGUUUGACAAACAAAACUUUUUCGGCCCAGUAGUUAAACACCUGGAUGGUAAGUUUACCCUUGAGUUCAAGGUUGUUGACGUUGAUGGAAAUGAUGGGUUCCCGGGCACUUUGGAGACAGUUGUGCAAUACACCAUUGAGGAUUCAUCGAUUGAGAUUGAGUAUGAGGCCAAGUUGCUCCAAGGUGAAGCAACUAUUGUUAACUUGACCAACCAUAGCUAUUUCAAUGUCUCAAAUAAUGAAACUAUUGAUGGGACUUACGUAAAAUCCUUCCUGGAUAAGCGUUUACAAGUUGAUGGUGAAAAGAUUCCAACUGGAAAGAUCGUCUCUAAGGCGAUUCCUGAAACAAUUUUGUCUGACGUCGUUUUGGAUGACUGUUUUGUUGUCAACGAGGAUACAUCUAUUGAUACCAGAGCCGAAAAAUUACACCCGUUGGUGGAAGUGACCCACCCAAAUUCCAGCAUCAAGUUUACAGUGUCAAGUACUGAUCCAGCAUUUCAAUUCUAUACGGGUGAUGGUAUUGAUUGUGCUCAGUAUGGCAAGAGAAGCGGGUUUUGUGUUGAACCAUCGCGUUAUAUUGAUGCUAUUCACUUGGAUGAUUACAAGGGACAAGUGGUGUUGAAAAAGGGUCAAGUUUAUGGCUCAAGAGUUAAGUACGAGUUUAGUAUGUAG